AUCGGUGACUUAGCUCCUCCUCCUCACCAAGUUGAUGGUUAAGAGAAAUGGUCAUUUGCUACGAAGUCAAACACCUUGGAACCUGGCGCCUCUGCACAUAAAUAUUCCAGCAAACAGCUGCUGCUUUGUGAGCUUGGCUCCUCCUCCUCCUCACCAAGUCGUCGUCGUCGUCGUCUCCUCCUCGUCCUUAAUUCUCUCUUGUAGUUGCAGAUCGAGCUAUAUAACUUGGGGAAUUAAGGAGUUCACAGGUUAAUUAGAAAGAAAGGAGAAGGAAUAAGAGCAGAAGGCUAGGGAUCGGAUUCGGAGCAUCCAUCUAAAUAUUAUUCAUGGCCUCUGAGAGGGAAAUUUUCGGUCUUUCAGGUCCAUCACACCUUACAGCUGUUGAUUGGGCAAACCUACACCACCGCAGGUCAAUCGCCGCCAGCCUGGUUCAGGGCGUCUACAUUCUAGAACGCGACCGCCAGCAGAUGCGCCAAGGGUCCCAAGCCCUAGCUCCUCCGUGGUGGGCCUUCUUUCAUUUCCAUCCAAUCCAAGUCCUCGCUGACGAUGCCGAUCUCUCCAUCUUCGCCGCCGUCUACGAGCUCCGAUCUCCCUUUUCAUAUCCCUGCAACCUUCCAAGAUACGUUCUCGCGUUGCGCGGCACCAUCACCAAGCCAGGCUCCAGAUCCCAGGACCUCAAGCUCGAUUUCCAGUUCAUCAAACACAAACUCCAAAAAACCCACCGAUUCGAGCUCGCUAUGCAGGCCGUCGGGAGACUAGUCUCUGUUGCCGGACCCGCCGGAGUCUGGCUGGCCGGCCACUCUCUGGGAGCCGCCAUGGCCCUUCUCGCCGGAAAAAACAUGGCGAAGCAGGGAUUCUUCCUGGAAACCUACCUUUUCAACCCACCGUUCGCGUCGGCACCGAUCGAGAGGAUCAAGAACGAGAAGGUCAGGUACGGCGUCCGUUUCGCGAGCAGCGUGAUCACGGCCGGAAUUGCGGCGGCCGUGAAGAAGACCCAAGAUAACUCGUUUUCCAUAUUAUCUGGGUGGAUUCCAUACCUUUUUGUGAAUCCGUCGGAUCCGUUUUGCUCGGAGUAUAUUGGGUACUUUGAGCACAGGAAGAAGAUGGUGGACGCCGGUGCUGGAGCGAUUGCGAGCAUUGCGACACAAAAUUCGAUUGUGAGUUUGUUGUCCGGCGGCCUGGGGAAGGAUUCAUCGGAGCCGCCGCAUCUCCUUCCUUCGGCUUAUUUGACCGUAAAUCUCAGCCCCUCCAAUGGGUUUAAGCGAGAUCAUGGGAUUCAUCAAUGGUGGAACCCUAAUAUUCAGUGCCAAUUCAAGCUACACCAGUUCAAAUAAUUAAGGUUGAACGAACGAAGUUGUCAUGCAGAAAAGACUGUCGGAAUCAUUCAAAUUAA